AUGUCAGACUCCUCUUUCGAGAAACAUACAGGCGAUUCAAAGGUCCUUCAGAACAAUGAUUCCGAUAUCCCUGUCGUUGGUGAGGUCUAUGAUGUGGUCGAUCAUGGCGCGGACUCUCAGUUGAAGCGUCAGUUGGGAUCACGACAUAUUAGUAUGAUCGGUCUGGCCUCAUCGAUUGGUAUGGGUCUGUGGCUAGGAUCAGGAACUUCCUUGAUGAACGCUGGUCCAGCUGGUAUCUUCCUGGGUUAUCUUUUGGCUGGUACAAUUAUUUGGAGUGUCAGUCAUAGUAUCGGAGAGAUGGCUAUUAUGUAUCCUCUUCCAAGUGCUUUCGUUCAAUGGACUAAUAUCUUCGUCGAUCAAUCUGCUGGCUUCGCCCUCGGAUGGGCUUACUGGCUCUCCUUCUGGAUUACCAUCGCGAACGAACUCCAAGGUGUCGUCACAGUUAUCAGCUUCUGGACCACCGCCGUCCCAACAGCUGCUUUGAUUACCAUCUUCUGGCUCGUCAUCGUCGGUAUGAAUGUCGGGGCCGUGAAAUGGUUUGCGGAGAUUGAAGUCGUCGCAGCUGCGAUCAAGUUCGGUUUCAUCUUCGUCGUCAUCAUUUCCGGUAUUGUUCUUUCCGCUGGUGGAGGUCCCAAGGGUGGCUACCCGGCAACGGCCGGCGGUACCAUGGGGUUUCAAUUCUGGAACGAAAUGCCCUUCAUUAAUGGUUUUAAGGGAUUUCUAUCUGUCAUGCCGACUUGUAUCUUUGCCUUGUCUGGAUCGGAAAAUGCUGGUCUCGUUGCUGCUGAGACGAGUAAUCCCCUCCGAUCGGUGCCAAAGGCUGUUAAGUCGAUGUGGGUUCGAUUGAGUCUGUUCUAUAUCCUGGGCAGUCUGAUCAUCACUAUUAAUGUUAGCCCGACGGAUAGUAAUCUGUUUGGUGGUUCUGGUACCAAUGCUAGUCCUUUUGUCAUUAUGUACCGCAAUGACGGGGUGGCACCUUUGGCUCAUAUCAUGAACGCCGUUAUUCUCAUCUCGGUGCUGUCCACUGGGGGUAUUUCCGGAUACGGUGGUUCUCGAAUUUUGGUUGGAUUGUCGCAACUCGGCAUGGCUCCUAAGGUUAUGCAGAACACAGAUAGCUGGGGUCGCCCAUGGUGGGGUCUUGUCCCUACUCUGCUUAUUGGAGGAGGUCUAUCCUACCUGAACGUCAGUAACAGUGGCGCAACCGUGUUCGAUUGGUUCUCCAACUUGACUUCCCUCUUCACACUUUUCGGCUGGGGAAUGAUCUGUCUAUCACACAUCCGCAUGCGCGCAGCCUGGAAAGCGCAAGGCCGAACUCUCGAUGAUCUUCCAUGGAAAUCAUGGGCGUUCCCUUGGUCUGCUUACUGGGGACUUUUCUGGUGCUCAUUGCUGAUUAUUGUUGAGUUUUACUUGGCUGUCUGGCCGCUCGGUGACAAGCCUAGCGCGAAGAAUUUCUUCGCUAAUUAUCUUUCUGUCGUGGCGAUUCUCAUUUUUUAUAUCGGGGCAAAGGUCUAUUACCGUGGAAGAAGGUGGAAUGACCUGAUGCAAAUUGACCUUGAUGCUUCGAGGCGAUUUUAUGCGCCAAAGGAUAUGGAGCGUGGUGAGAACAGGAGUUUCACCAAGUGGUUGAAGUUUUCACGUAAGAACUGA